AAGUGAGUCAGCACAACGCUAUUUUUGUGCGGUUGUCAAAGUGCGUUGUAAGACUGUCAGUUUAAGAUUUUAAUUUGUUAUACUGAAGAUUAUGUUGUGCAAGCCACACUCGUGCUUGUGGGGUCGUUACAAGAUACCUCAACGCUAUUUAUUGGUUAUUUUGUUGCAUUUAGCCAUACAAAAUUCCUACAACUUAAGGGUGGUCUUGAACGUAGCCAUUGUGGAAAUGGUGGAACCCGUGGUAGAAAAUGGUAUCGCCCAACCCUAUUGUACAAAUUACGGUGUGCUGACACCCGAAAUUUCAGGCGGAAAAUUUCCUUGGCCGCGUAAUACCGAGGCAAUGAUACUCUACGCGUUUUUCGUCGGAUCGUUCAUCAGCCACGUACCGGGAGGCCUUAUUGCCGACAGAUACGGAGGAAGGUGGGUUCUCGGAAUUUGUAUGUUCACGUCCACCAUUGUGACACUCGUGUUUCCGCUAUCCACCCAACAUGGUGGUCACGUGGUCGCCAUCGCGCUGAGGUUCAUCCUGGGACUUGCUCAGGGCCCGGUGCUACCGUGCAUCGCAUCGUUCGUGUCUACUUGGAUUCCAUCGUUCGAAAGGACCUUGUUGGGGGCGAUAGCAUAUUCGGGAAGCAACCUGGGAACGGUGUUGGGAAACAUUUUUACCGGAGUUAUAAUUAAGCAGUGCGGCAACUGGCCCUCGGCGUUUUACUUUUGGGGAGGUCUCUGCGUAAUUUACCUACUUCUACAUCUGCUGUAUCUUUUCUCGUCGCCCCAGAGUCAUCCGUUUAUCACCCCGGAGGAGCUGGAUUAUUUGAACAAAUUUGCAAGUAAGAAGAGAAUACUGAAAAUCCCCUGGGCCCAACUGUUUACAAAUAUGCCGUUCUGGGCCAACUGCGCCGGACAAAUCGGCCACAAUUACAUAUACUUCACGAUGGUCACGUAUCUGCCGACCUACAUGAAGGAGAUCUUGGCAUUCGAGAUCCAGUCCAACGCAUUUUUCAGCGCUUUACCUUUCUUGGUGCUGUGGCUGUGUUCGUUGGGGCUAAGUUUCUUAGCCAAAUGGGCGGUAGAUGACAGAAAAAUGUGCAGGCGCGGGGCCUUUAACAACAUAUUCGCCACCCUAUCGAAUAUGGGAUCAGCGGGUUGCAUCCUGGCCGCGGUGUACGUGGGAUGCUCUAGGACCGGCGCAAUAGGUUUCUACCUGUUGAGCAUGAUUUUUAAAUCGUUCUACUACUUCACCAUAACCGUGAACACUAAUCAAUUGUCGCGGAACUUUGGAGGUAUAAUUUUCGGAGUUACUAACGGCCUCUCGUCGUUGGCGGGUGUAGUUGGGAACGCCCUGAUUGGAGCCAUAACUAAAGAUAGAAAACUAUCACAGUGGCAGUCUGCAUUUUGGAUAACGUUGGGAGUCGCGAUAAUGACGUCAAUAAUCUUCGUCUUAUUCUCAUCAGCAGAGAGGCAAGACUUCGACUAUGCGGAAGAUGAGGAACACGAAAUAGAAUCUCCAACCAAUUUAUAA